AUGUAUUUCUUGCCAGUUGGUGCAGGCUCUGCUGGAUCUGUGAUUGCAGCUCGGCUUUCAGAAGACCCUUGUGUUUCUGUCUUGCUCUUGGAAGCGGGAGGGACAACCAACCCAAUUGUAACGAUUCCAGCCACCGCCUUUGUUAUGCAACACACUGAUAUGGAUUGGCAGUAUAAAACAGUUCCUCAAAAAAGAGGUGCAUUUGGCUUCGAAAACUCACAACUCCCAUGGCCAAGAGGUAAAGGUGUUGGUGGCUCAAGUCUUCUAAAUUUCUUUAUGUAUGUUCGGGGUAACAAGAGGGAUUAUGACACUUGGGCCAAAGAAGGAGCUACUGGAUGGGCUUGGAAGGAUGUUUUCCGUUAUUUUCUGAAAUCAGAAGACAAUACUGACCCAGAGAUGCUAAAAGAUGGUUAUCACGCAGCUGGUGGCCCUCUAACAGUUUCCAGUGUGAGAUACAACAGUUCCUUAAUGGAUGCUUUUGCUAAAGCAGCUAAAGAACGAGGUUACGAAUAUAAAGAUAUUAAUGGAAAGAGCCAAACAGGUUUCUUCAAACUUCAAGGCACCGUGCGAAACGGCCAUAGGUGUAGUACGGACGUAGCUUACCUGAUACCAGCUGAAAAUCGAACGAAUCUAGAUAUCAUUAAUAAUGCUUUGGUGACGAAGAUUCUUAUCAACAAGAGGAAAGAAGCAUAUGGUGUCCGUUUCGAAAUCAACAACAAUGUUUAUGAAGUCAGGUCUAGGAAAGAAAUCAUCGUUUCUGGAGGAACCGUCAAUUCUCCUCAACUGCUUAUGCUGUCCGGUAUUGGCCCAAGAGAACAUCUGGAAAAACUAAACAUACCUGUGGUAGCCGAUCUUCCAGUUGGUGAGAAUUUGCAAGACCAUGUAGGAACCACUGCGUUGAAUUUUGAGGCACCGGGAGCUGAACCUUUGUUGAUGUCAAAAUUGGUGAAUCCCAUAAAUCAGCUAAUAUUCCGUGAAAACGGAACAGGCCCUUUCACUAGUUUCUCUGGAAUCGAAGGUAUGGCUUACAUCAAUACGAAAUACAACAAUCCUCGUCUAGAUUGGCCAGAUGCUGAAAUUCAUAUGGCUGCUGGUUCUCCAGCGAGUGAUUAUGGUCAGAUAUUGAAGGGUGCAGUGGGACUUACUGAUGAGGCGUAUAGGAAAGUUUAUGCACCAUAUAAUGGGAAAAACACUUUCACUUUCUUUCCAUGCAACUUGAGGCCCAAAAGCAGAGGAACAAUUCGACUGAAGUCAACUGACCCUAAGGAGCAUCCCUUGAUUGAUCCAAAUCUCUUUCAGUAUGAUGAAGAUCUUGACAUAUUAGUUGAAGUUAUGAAGGAAUGCGUGAAUAUAGUCACCAAAACGAAAGCUUUCAAGGAAAUCGGUGCCAAGAUGUUCCAGACCAAGUUUCCUGGCUGCGAAUCUUACCCCAUAUAUUCUGACAGUUACCUCCGAUGUGUGGGACGAGCAUAUACUUUCACACUUUAUCAUCCUGUUGGUACAUGUAAAAUGGGUGCAGUAACGGAUAAAACUGCAGUUGUUGAUCCCAGAUUACGGGUCAUAGGUGUCAAAAAACUGAGAGUUGCUGAUGGAUCAAUAAUGCCCCGGUUAGUUUCUGGAAACACAAAUGCUCCAAUCAUAAUGAUCGCCGAAAAAGCUGCAGAUAUGAUUAAGGCAGACAAUCCCGACAGACUCAAAUGCUAUCGACGAAAUUUUAUCCGAAAACAUUGAAGCAUUCUGAUAGUCGUGAUAUCCAGAUAACCUUAUCGAGGACGAGUUAGACAUAAUAUUAUAAACUCGUUAUGAUACUUAAACUGUAUCAUUUAAAACUUUGUAUUACGUUUAUUAAUGGAUUUUAAAAUUCAUAGUUAUAAUAUUCUGUUUCGUAUUAUAAUUGUGUAUUUUCGUAAUUUGAAUAGGAUUAUAAAGAUAUUAAGCAUUCUUUUAAAUUUAAACUUUACAUCUAGGAGGACAGUGGCUUUAGUUAAAUAGGCUAAAACCACGUACUAUUAAGACAAAAUUACAAACUUUUUGUUUAUUAAUAUAGUUUUAUUGAUAUAAUUUUUCUCCUUUCUAGUCAGUUAACACAACGUUUUCUUCAAAUUGGCAGAG